AUGCCCGAUACGCUCUCGAAACCCAAAUACGAAGUCUGCCUCGUUGGCUCCGGUGGCGUCGGCACAAUCGCCUCGCUUGUGCUCACAAAGUCGGCCCUCGCGCGCGUGACUGUCGUGCUGCGAUCGAAAUACAACUACGUCUCGGAACACGGGUGGGAGAUCGAUUCGGUCGACCACGGCAAGAUUUCUCGGUGGAAGCCGUACCGCGUCGUUCGGUCGGCUGUGGAGGCCGCGACAGUCGAACGGACUACAAAUGCGGAGAAUAAAGAUGUUCGUGAUCAUGCGGGGCAGGUAAAGGAGGUGGAAUACGACUACGUCGUCGUCGCGACAAAGGCGCUACCGUCGCUCAACCCAGUCGCCAAAAUGAUUUCGCCUGUCAUAACGCCGGGAAAAACGACUGUCGUCGUAAUCCAGAACGGAAUCGGCAUCGAGCAAGACAUCGUCAAGGCAUACCCAGGAAACGUCGUGAUGAGCAGCGUAAGCCACAUUGGCAGUGAAGUCCAGGAACCAAACGUCGUCGUCCAGGUGGGGAAGGAUGCAUCGAAGAUAGGACCGCAUUUACACGGCGGCGUCGAUGACUCCAUAUCCAUGGCAAAGGCAAGGAGCUUCGUUGAGAUGUAUGUCGCGGGCGGCGCACAUACCUGCGAGCUUGUCUCGGACAUCCAAACUGCGCGCUGGGAGAAACUCCUCUGGAACGGCACGUUCAAUACCGUGUGCGCGCUGAUGCGCAUGGACGUCGGCGAGAUGCAGCGGAGCAAAGGGCGCGAGACGCUGCUUGUCCCGAUGAUGUGGGAGAUUUGGAGGAUUGCCGAGGCGGCCGGGCAUGCGAUGCCGCAGAGUAUUGUGCAGUGGAUGGCAUAUCGGCUACCGGAUGAUUGCGCGUAUCGGCCCAGUAUGUUGCUGGAUUUGGAGAAUGGGCGGCCCAUGGAGGUGGAUGUUAUUCUGGGAAAUGCGCUGGCCAAGGCGAGGGAGGUGGGUGUCGAGACGCCGGUUUUGAGUGUUGUAUAUAAUCUUUUGGUGCUCGAGGAGUGGAAGAUUGGGCAGAGGACAGCAGGCGAGACAUAG